AUGGAGAAUUCGCGGAGAGGUUUAGCGGAGCUGCUGGCGCCGUCCCCGAUACAAUCCGCUCCGCUUCUAGAGAUUAUCACGUUGGAGGAAUUCGAUUGUGGAGUAAAGGAUCGACACGGGCCAGAGGCGGUGUCCGCGCAACACUCGGCGGAAAUUCAGGCGGAUUUCCAGGCCGCCGUGGAUUUUAUACUGCGAGGGGACGUUGAUGGGGGGACUGACGGGAAGGGAGCUCGUUCGACGGCGGAAGAAGCGGCAGGGCGGUUGGAGGAGGAAGCGGGGCUCGUUAUAAGACAAGGAAGAGACGCGUUGGAUGAGAGCGGGGAUGUCGUGAUGUCGGAUCGAAACACUGAAGAGACGUAUACCGAGGAUACGCUUCUCAUGCCGCCCUCCAGUGAGAGAUGGACACGUGGAGGGUGUCUCGGCCUUAAUCGUAUCAGCGAUUUUCUGGAUCUGCAGAUGGCAAAGAUCAGCAAAUCUAGAGCUCAUAGACGACAAGAUUUGGGCGGCACAAGUAACAGGAGUAGCCGAGUCGGCAAUACCAUAACUAAUCCCGCCGCGGAAGGCCUAAUAGGCAGAUUAGGACCGCCUAUAGUCUACAUGCUACGUAGCUCUUUCUCUGGGGAGAUUAAAGUGGAGGGGGGCGGGCCAUGGGGGCCGGCGGAAAGGGCGGGGGGGAGGGCGGAGGGGGAGGCGGAGGGUGGGGGUGUGGGGAGCAGCCGCGGGCGGGGUAUUGCAGAUGCUGCUGUGGCGCUGCGGAGCAUAUGGGCGGAGGAGGACAUGGAGGGGGUUGAAAUCGAGGGGAUCGAGUGGGCAGGCGCAGGGGGGGGCGCAGGGGGGGAAGCGGGCGGAGGGGGAGGUGGAGGCGGGGGGGUAGGAUGGGAAGGGUUGUUGCUAGAGUCCCUGGGCAGAGCGGGAGCAGCAGCAGCAGGAGGAGGAUCAGGAAGGGGAGCAGCAGGGGGCCGGUCAAGAGGCAGAGGCAGGGCACGAGAGGACCUAGGAGGCGGCCUGAUUCUGGAAUCCCUCAGCAGUUUCAGCAGCGCGCGCGCCAAUGUGUGCGUCUACUCGGGCAGGUGGCAGUACGAGGCAACUCUAGGCUCCUCCGGCAUUCAGCAGAUUGGCUGGGCGACAUUGGCAUGUCCGUUCACGGCAGAGGAGGGCGUGGGGACGCGCCCGACUCGUAUGCUUUUGAUGGGAAGAGAGUGCGGAAGUGGAGUGGGUGGUCCGCGCAGUAUGGGCAGCCGUGGGCGGCUCAUGAUCCUGCCACCGAGCCUGCCGUUUCAAACCUGUCCGCUAGGCCCCGAUGAUGAGGUUCUCCUGGCGAAGCUGCUUUGCGAGAGGCUCGGGCCGUUGCUGUUGGCAGGGGGGGCGCGAAUGGAGGUGCAGAGGCAGAUGGGGAGGAGGGCGGGGGAUGGCAAGGUAGGGGGAGGAGUGGGAGAGGGUGUGGGGUCAGUGCGAGGGGGGUACGCUGUAUGGACCUCCCUGCUUCCUCUACUCUUCCAACUGGCGCCCAGAGAGGGGCUAGUCACAGGCUCGGCGGCGGUCACAGUGCCGAACCUAGCCGGUGCAGGAAAAGAAGCAGUUUCCGGCUCGGGAAAACCUCCAGAGGUUUGGCAAGAGGGGCGGGAUCCGUACCCGUACCUAUCCCUCGCCUCCCACCUAGCUAAGCGGAACGAGUUACUUAGCGCAUGGUGGGCGGCAGACGGAUUCUCCUCCAAUCUAGAGGCAUUUCUGACACGCAGAGUAGCCACGAGGGUGGAUCUGCAGAGGCUGUUUCCCUCGCUGUGGUGGGCUGGCUGUAAGGAGGACGACUGCAGUGAAGCAGCCUUGGAAGAAAGCAAGAAGGCGCUUGUGAAGGCAAUGUCUGGGGGCUGGUGGGACGUGGAUCCGGGAAAUUCCAGAAGACAAAGAGAGCUGGGGCGAGGGUCACAGGGCGUAGGAGGGUCAGGAGGUGUGGGCGGGUUAGGAGCAGGGGUUGAGAGGGGUGAAAGAGGAGAGGGGCUGGGCGAAGCAAGGGGGGAAGGGAGUGGACGGGAGGGCGAAGCAGAGGGAAUGGAUGUGGACUUGCAUGUAGGGGAGACAGAGAGGGAGCAUACACGUGGGGGGGAGGCGGAGAGAAGGGCUUGGGCAGAGGAGGAAGAAGAAGAAGAACGAGAGGAGGGCGAAGGAGAAGAGGAGGAGGACGAGAGCGAGGAGGUAUCAAUGCUGCCAUGGGCGAGAGCUCCCUCAGGUGCCACAAGGAGCAAGUGGAGGGAGAGGCAAGAGGUAAGCAGUGCCUUGGGAAGCAGCAGCAGCAGCAGCAGCGCAGACACUGCUGACACCAAUGCCGCCAUCCCUGCAGGUGGUUACCUGCAGCGUCAUGGGCGGUGGAAGUUUCCUGUGGCCUUCUUCUUACACCCAGACCUGCACUACUUUGACUUGCCACGACUGGGCGGGCUCUUCAGCCACGUGGCCAAGACCUUCCCCCUCUCCGCUCUCCAGGACUUUGCCAGCGUGGCAUGGAGUGAUGAUGACGUGGAUGAUGAUCAUUGGGCCGCGGGAGAGGAGGGGGAGGGGGAGGCGGGUGGGGGAACGGAGGAGAGGAGAAGGGAGGAGCGGGGGACGGGGGGAGGAGGUACAGGGGAAGGAGGGGGAGCAGGCGGGGGGAGGAGAGCAGAGGGGGUGCAAGAGAGGGAAAUGGGAGGAGGGAGGAGUGAGGGGGAUGGAGAACGUGAGGGGGAGGAGAGGGUUGAGGAGAAGGCGGAGAGGGGGAAGGGGGAGGAGGAUGAGAGGGAGGUGCUUCUGCUGGACAUGGCCGUGCUGCUGUCCCACCUCAGGGGCGCUGGUGCCUUCAAACAGGCGGCGCUGCAGCAGCAGGGCAUGGUGCAGGCGGUGGCACAGCUGGAAGAUGCGGACAGGCAGAUCGCCGCUGCCAUGGGGGGGCGCACGGAGGGAGCUGCUGCCAUGGGGGGGCGCACGGAGGGAGCUGGGACAGACGGAGAGGCAGGCACAGUGGCGGCGACAGGGUCAGGGUCCGUGGCGGGGGCGGGGGCGGGGACAGGGGCAGGGGCAGGGGCAAGGGCAGGGGGGGGGGGGGCGGGGGCGGGGGCGGCGGCAGGAGUAAGGAGAGUGGCAGGGGAAGAAGAGGGGGCUGUCGUGGGUGCUGCAGGCACUGGUGCAGCAGUAGGGGCGGAGGCACCCGCAGUGACAGCAACAGUGGGACUUGUUGGAGCACCGGGGGGAGGUACAGCUGCGGCUGAAGCCAGGGGAGGUACAUCCGGGGGAGGUACAUCCAGAGUGGGCGUGGGAGGGUCAGUGCGGGCGCAGCAGCUGAGGGAGGCGAGGCAGGUGUUCCGAGAGGACGUGGAUGAGAGUGUGAGGCUUGCAGUGUGGUGGAGAGUGGUGCUGGGCGGUGCUACGUGGAAGCAGAGGGCGCUGGUGGGGGUGAGCAGGAGGGUGGGCUCGCUGCUGCUGGCUGCCAGCAAGAGGGGCCACAUCUUUGCCUACGAGCCCGAGGUCUAUUUGGAAGCAAUGAGAUCUUUCCUGCUCACGCGGUUCAGCGAUGCAAGGAUCCCCAAUCCAGACACCAGAGACCAGCUCCUGCAGACGCUCUCCGUGCUGCUACAGCUGCCGCCCUUCUCCGUCGCACUAGAGACAAACAAGGCCGCCUGCACGUGCUUCAUGCCCAGCCUUCUCAACGCAUUUGACCAGCGCUUCUGGAUACCCGUCUCUCAGGUAUUUCCUCAGGUGUCUCUGCCUCUCAGGAGGGUUCUGUCUCCUAGCUUCCCCUCGCUCUCCCUCUCCUCCUCCUCCUCCACGCCCUCCCUCUUCGCGCCUCUCUUCCAGCACUCCCUCCACCAGUUGUACCUGCACCAUCCGAGCCUCUUCUCUCCUUUCUUCAACCGCCUUUUCAACACACUCAACUGGACUCUUACAGAAUUCCUAGUGGCGCUGAAAGAGGUGCAGGACUUGCAGCAGCAGGAGGAGCAGCGGUGGCGGCGGAACCGGCGGCAGCAGCAGCAGCAGCAGCAGCAGCAGCAGGCGUGGGAGCUGCAGCAGCGCAAGUGCAGCGUCAUGUUUGACCUUACUUGUAACCUCGCCAGGCUGUUGGAAGUUCUCUGUGAGGCUUCUCCGGAGGUGUUUCUCUCUUUGAAGGGGGGAGGGGGCCAGGAAAAAGGGGAGAAGGCUCUAGAAGGGGGUGAAGCAGGAGGAGCAGCAGCAGCUGCGGAGGAGGAGGAGAGGGAGGAGAAGGAGGAGGUGAAGGAGAGAUGCAAGGAGUUUCAGGAGGAGAAGAGGGGAGCAGGGCCAGGUGUCCUGCAGGACCACGUGUCCCCAUCCGACCAAUCGUCUCGCCCCAUGGUGCUCGCCCCCCUCGUAGGAAUCAUUGGCGGCCUCUUCUCGCACGCGCAGCGGGCCAAUGGGAGCGCGCCAGCUGGCAUGGUGCGGUCUGUGCUGCAGGCAGACCCCUCCCUGGACUGCCUGGCGGGGCUGGAGUACCUGCUGGGGUUGGACUGGGUGAGUGAGAAAGAGGGCAGUGCGGAGGGCGAGAGGGACUAA